UGGAAAAGAUGGCUGUGUUGAACGAGGAACAGUUUGCUGCGCUUCAGAUCUUACUGAAAGCUUCAAAAAAAGAUGAGGUCCGGCACCUUUGCCAGGAGUGCUUUUUGAGUUCAGCCAGUGCUUCAGAGAAACUGAUUGAGGGCACUUGUUCCACUCUCUCAGUUACAUCAAAUGAAGCUAAGCAGCUAAUCUGCUCUCUACACAACCUUUCAAGGCAUGUUGUGCAUCGUGGCCUGACCUCCCCAGAAGAAAUCCUCUCCCUCUUUCCAGAAGGCUUCCACCAGAACCUUAAAAACCUUCUGACCAAGAUAAUCCUGGAAAACUUAUCUGCCUGGAGAAAUGAAGUACAAGCCAGUCAGAUUUCUCUGCCCCAUCUGAUUGAUAUGGACUGGAGAGUGGACAUCAAGACCUCUUCAGACAGUGUCAGCAGAAUGGUUGUCCCCACCUGCCUCCUACAGCUAAAGAUUCAGGAAGAUGCUGCCUUAUGUGGCAAGGACCUCUCAACCACUGCGUUGACCAUAGAGCUGAAUAAACAAACAGUGGACACUAUGCUUGACGGUUUGGGGAGGAUUCGUGAUCAGCUUUCAGCUGUUGCAAAUAAAUAAUCCUCCAGAUGGAGGAAUUCUAGUUCAGAUAUAGAAAAGAACUUUCUUGCCAACCGUGCUCUGAUAGCUUACAGACGAACCUUUUCAUUCUUCUGUCUCACAACCAAACACAUUUUUUGUGGUGAUCGUGGGUAUCUCAGAAUAAAAAUUCUUGGUCUGGUGCCUGAAACAGCUUCCUGAUGCUAAUCAGGACUUCACUUUAUGUAUAGGCUUAAAGAAACUCAAAGCUUGACUUCAUGUAAUGGGAGGAGUAGCAGGUGCAGAGUUGACUGUAUCUCCUUGGAAUUGAAAUUCAGGACUAAAAGCACGUGGCUAAUAGGCUGAGUUCUAGUCUCAAAAGACUCUUGAAAGGUGUGUGCUGAGGAGUUUGAUGUAUGAGACCCCCCCCCCCUUGUUUGUUGAGGCACUCCUUUUGAAAUAAAUGAAUUUGCAGCAAAAUUCCUCUAAGUAAGUUAAAAUAAGUUAAGUUCCUGGCCUUCCCUUACGUUGGAGAAGAGGAAGUGGAGAAGCUCUGUGAGAUCCUUGGAAGUACCAAAGGAAAUGACUAAUGGCAACUGAUAGUUGUCAUAACAGUGUAAUAUGCUUACAAAAUACUGACCAUUUUUAAUGUACUUGAUUCAUAUUUGUUCUGAAUAAUUUUUUCCUUCCUCCAAGGAACAGCUAAAACAAGACCGUUCUUUGUUCUGUCAGAGGUGACAUUCAACAGCGCAUUUUUUACAUUACCUUGUUCUGUUACCCAUUCCUAUCUUUGUUUUUUCUUGGCUACUUAAUAUUUCUGCAAAUCUGCUUCUCCUUUCCUAUCUUCCAUAAGUUAAAUUUAGCCUAACCAUAGAUCACAUACUGCUUCCCUAUAUGAUCGUACUGUGUCCCGGUAAGCCAGGAACAUUGUUUGGGAUCUUGGCAUUUUGAUCCAAAACAUGCCUACUAUAAGAAAAGUUGGUCCCAUUGAUUUCAUUGGACCUUACUUCCAAGAAAGAGGGUUCUGUGUGGAACUCCAUAUCAAUUCCUACUCCAUAUGAAUUCUAGUAAGGCCAAGUAUGGGUCCAGAUCUCUGACUGUAGGUUUGAACCAACAAAUUAAUGGAUUGAGUUUCAGGUGGGUAGCUAUGUUGGUCUGUAGUAGAACAAGGUUCAGGUCCAGUAGGCAGCUAUAUCUCAUCAUACACUCUCAUGUGACUCUCAUGUGUGAAAUGGGCAUUACAGGAGAGGAGCCAAAACCAGAACUUUCACAUUACCUGGUCUGAGAAUACAAUUUUUCUGACUAGAGCCAUUUCCCACAUUUGUGUGGCAAGUCAUGUGCAAGCUCGUCUGACUGCCCAGAGAUUAUGCUUUACAUAGGAACUUGCCUUUCAAGAAUAUUUAUGACCAAUGUCCGAGCAGAUUUGCAGGUUUGGCCAAUCUUUGCCUCUAGUCUAGUCUUACACUUUGAUUAUAUCUCACUCAGAAAUGUUUCAGGAGAGACUGUAACCCAGGGGGUGAUGAGAUGAAACAGGAGAGAGAAGGAAUUUUAUAAGUCCUCUUUGUGCAUUGCAUCUGUUGCCCAGAAGAUGGUGCCGUUGGACUCUUGAUUUUACUCUAUCUGUGUGAAAGCAGAAGUGGGGGUGGGGGUGGCAUGAGGAUGGAUCAGAUGCUCCUCAUUCCAUUUCAGACCCCUUGUGAAUUGAGGAACAAAGCAUAGCUUAUUUGCCAAUUAAGAAAAGACGUUAUUCACUUGCAAUGCUUGUUGGCAGCGAUGAGCAAAAGCUUACAAACAUUGCAUGUAGUCCGGCCAUAUGAAGAAGAAAGAUUGCAGCCUGAGUGAAAGUCUUCCAGUCUGUUCCCCACCUGAUUUGCCUAGCGAUGGGUUUGGCACCACCUAUUUAGCUUUUAAUAUUCUUAUUAAAAUGAUAACAAUUUCUCUGUUAUUGGGGACUAGACCCCAGCAGCUCACUCUGCUCACCAACCCAGUAGCUGGCUAUGCUCACAUUAUUGUUUUAUAGAGGCUAUGCCCCUGCAUACUCUGUGGGCUAACCUCAAUAAUGCUGCUUCCUCUAGAGUAUUAUUCUAAUGUGCAUCAUCUUCAGGACUUCAUAAACUGUAUGAAGGUUUGUUGUAAAAGGAGGGGCUAUGCUUCACUCUCAUUGCCUUUGCUGCUUCGACCUUUCUGGAGACUAAAUCAUCACAUUCGAUGCAAUACCUGCCACAGACUAACAGACCAGCACCAUUUAUUAUAGAUUACCAAUUUUUGCAUUCUUGGGAUCUUGUUAUUCAAUAAACUUUUUGUUUUUUACUUUC